UAAAUCCCUUCUAUUAGUAUAACGUCGAGCAACCUGUUUGGCCGUUCGAAAAGAAAGAUUAGCUCAAAGUCCACAGCGAGAGAUGCUCAGUUUCAGAGCAUAAAUACACUCUAGAAUGCUGAAUUGACCAUUAUCGGAUCAGGAGGACCUUAUGAUGCAGAGAACAAUGCAGCUCGUUCUCAGGGUGAAGAGAUCGUCGGGUUUACUACACCAAUUCUCCACUGCGGCGAACUCGCAGAGGUUGGCCGGGAAGGUGGCCGUCAUCACCGGCGCCGCCAGCGGCAUCGGCAAGGCGUCGGCGAAGGAGUUCAUCGGCAAUGGCGCCAAGGUUAUACUCGCCGACGUCCAGGACGACCUCGGCCGCGCCGUCGCCGCCGAGCUCGGCCCUGGCGCGACGUACACGCGGUGCGACGUCACGGACGAGGCGCAGGUCGCCGCGGCGGUGGACCUCGCCGUGGCGCGCCACGGGGCGCUCGACGUGUUCUACAGCAACGCCGGCGUCCUGGGCUCCAUCGCGCCGGCGCCGCUCGCCUCCCUGGACCUGGGCGAGUUCGACCGCGUCAUGGCCGUGAACGCCCGCGCCGCCGUCGCCGCCGCCAAGCACGCGGCGCGCGCCAUGGUGCCGCGCCGGAGCGGGUGCGUCCUCUUCACGGGGAGCGUGUCGGGCGUGGUGGGCGGCACGGGGCCGACGUCGUACGGCGUGUCGAAGGCGGCCGUGCUGGGCGUGGUGCGCGCCGUGGCCGGGGAGCUGGCGCGCCACGGCGUGCGGGCGAACGCCGUCUCGCCGUGCGGCGUCGCGACGCCGCUGUCCAUGGUGCAGGUCCUUGAGGCCUACCCCGGGAUGAGCUUCGAGGAGCUCAAGAACGCCAUGGCGGCGUCCAUGGAGCAGAUGGAAGCUGGCCCGUUGAUCGACCCCGAGGACGUGGCGAGGGCGGCCGUCUUCCUGGCGUCCGACGAGGCCAGGUACAUCAACGGCCAUAACCUCGUCGUCGACGGCGGCUUCACGGUGGGGAAGCUGCUCAAAAUCCCCAAGGAGUAGACAGUGAUCAAGAGCAGUGCAACAAGACAAGAAAAAUUGCAGGAUGCAAAAAAAAAAAAAAGAACGAAUAAGGAAGAGAGUCUACUUUGUACCGUGAAAUAUAGACUCCCCAAAUUUACUUUUCGCUCCCAAAUAAGGCUGUGUUCUAUUGGAACUUCGCAAGUAAAACGAAGCGACGAAUUAACGUAUGAUUAAUUAA